UAAAGCUAGCGUCCGGAGCAGAGAAGACAGAAAAAGCGCAUGACUGCAUGAUCAUAUCACCGUAUUAUUUACUGCAAUGCGAGCCACAAAUUAAAGCUUGUAGAGCCGCAGGAGGCUCUGGACCAGAUGCUUGCCGAGACAACGCGCGACCCCGCGUGUACAGAAUGAAGCGGUCGCGCGCAUAGUUGGAGCACGCGGUACGAGCGCGCGUCUCUAUCGCAAACCGAAAAAGGAGAAACGAUUGUACUCGAUUGAACUACCGCGGACGCUGCAGCGACGGUUUUGUAAAUUAUGUAAAAUAAAUAAAUAAAUACGUGUCACACUCCACACCUUUGAAUACGUCGUCGUACAUUCGCCGAAAGAAAAGGUAUGCCUAAAACCUCUCGGAAUAGAAAAACGUUUUUUAACAGAUGAUGUGUCCAGAAGGAAUUGCAGGAUUUACAUCCGUUCGUGUAAGAAAAGGAAUACAUUCCAGCAAAGUUACACGACAAGUGUCGUUUAUUCCAAUCGACAUGAUGACGAACUGUUGACUUGAGAUAGAUAAAUUGACUGAAAAGCUUUCGGCCAGCGGCUUUAACGUUUACGUUAGUUGACAUAACGACAAGAGGAUGCAGCACACCGGAUACACUUGAAAACAUUCCUCCAUUUAUCUGUGAUUCAGUCACUUCUGAACAGGCCUGGAGAAACUGUUGAAAAUGAAGAUAAGGAAAAUACAUAACUGAAUUAAACUGUAAGGAUAUACCAAGAAGACAAACACUCUCUGAUACUCCUGUAAACUCAAAGGAACAUUGAAGAUAAGAACAAAGACGAAAUAAUUUAUCCUUUCGCUGACAACUGGCAACUCUGGAAGUGCAGCUGAGGAUCAUCACUGGAGGGUGAGAGGGUGAUCACAGAGAGAGAGAAACGGAGGCUGACAGAGAACCACAGCACAGGAGGGGGCGGAGGAGGAGGAGGGGGAAAGGUCAAUCGCCAUGGCGACAGACCCAGGAGAACCCACUGCCACAGAGGAGUCCUCUGGAGAGAAACCUGAUGGAGAUAGGGAGGAGGAGAAUGACCAGGACAACAGCGCUGCCCGUGAGGGAGAGGGGAUGCACGGUACUCCAUCUGGCCUUGUUUCCACUGAGACGCAGAAAAGGAGAUCAUGGGGAGCAGAUGGAGCUGAAGGAGGAGCGAAGGACAAUAAAGAAAUGAAGGUGCCAGUUAAACCUCUGACCUUCAUGCCAUCCUCCCCAGCACCCCUCGAGCCUUCCCGGAAACGGGAGAACAAGCGUUUUUUCCGGAAGAGUGUGGAAAUAUGUGAAGAGGAUGACGAGGUGGAGGAAACCCCUGGUGCCCCCCACAGCGCUCCUCACCUCGAGUUUUGUGCCUCUGACUCCGUUUUCAGCAGCGGACCCCAGCAGCUACCCGUUAGUGCCUCUGCCGCCCUGGGUGAGGAUGGCACACAGGACCCUGAUAAGAGUGGACUUUCUGCACCCACUCUGAAGGGAAAAGAGAGGGAUCGAGAACAGGAGGAAGAGGCAGGGAUGAAAGCUGUAGCCACUUCACCGGGUGGUCGUUUUCUCAAAUUUGACAUAGAACUUGGAAGGGGAGCAUUUAAAACCGUUUACAAAGGCUUGGAUUCAGAAACCUGGGUGGAAGUUGCCUGGUGUGAGCUGCAGGAUCGAAAGCUGAACAAGGCGGAGCAGCAACGGUUUAAAGAAGAGGCUGAAAUGCUAAAAGGCCUACAGCACCCCAACAUCGUGCGUUUCUAUGACUCCUGGGAGUCCGGUCUUAGAGGAAAGAAGUGCAUCGUUCUUGUGACAGAGCUCAUGACCUCAGGAACGCUCAAGACGUAUCUUAAGCGUUUUAAAGUAAUGAAGCCCAAGGUUUUGCGUAGCUGGUGCAGGCAAAUUCUAAAGGGUCUACAGUUCCUACACACACGUACGCCACCCAUUGUGCAUCGCGACCUCAAGUGUGACAACAUCUUCAUCACUGGCCCCACUGGGUCGGUAAAGAUUGGUGACCUGGGCCUCGCCACCCUCAUGCGGACGUCCUUCGCCAAGAGUGUCAUAGGGACUCCAGAGUUUAUGGCCCCUGAAAUGUAUGAUGAACACUAUGAUGAGUCCGUCGAUGUCUAUGCCUUUGGCAUGUGCAUGCUGGAGAUGGCUACAUCGGAGUACCCAUACUCUGAAUGCCAAAAUGCUGCACAGAUCUACCGCAAAGUCACCAGUGGUAUCAAGCCUGCCAGUUUUAAUAAAGUAAAUGACCCGGAGGUAAAAGAGAUCAUUGAGGGGUGCAUUCGCCAAAACAGAUUAGAGCGGCUCUCCGUUAAGGACCUUCUAAAUCAUGCCUUCUUUGCCGAGGACACCGGUGUACGUGUGGAGCUUGCAGAAGAAGAUACGGGAUUCAAAGAGUGCCUGGCCUUACGGAUCUGGGUUGAGGAUCCAAAAAAACUUAAGGGGAAGCACAAAGACAAUGAGGCCAUUGAGUUCAGCUAUGACCUGGAGAAUGACAGUGCUGAAGAGGUUGCGCUAGAGAUGGUGAAGUCUGGCUUUUUCCAUGAAAGUGAUGCUAAGGUGGUUGGGAAGUCCAUCAGAGACAGGGUGACAUUAAUUAAGAAGUCCCGUGAAAGGCGCCAACACCAGCUCCUGCAGCAGCAAAGUCUGGAUGAGCGUCGUGACUCCUCAGCCCUCACCUCUUCUUUUUCAUCUGUCCAUCCCUCUUGCCCCUCUUCACUGUGCCCGGGAGCUUUUGCAGCUGCUGGUGGUCAAGCGGAGGCAGAGGAGCUGCCCGAAAUGGACCAACAUGUCCAGCAGCAAAGCACUGCACUGGGUCUUAAAGAGGGUGAGAGCCUUUCUGCUGUCAGUGGAGAUCCUUUCUCAAGCAGACAGAGUCAAGCCUUUUCGCUCCCCGACUCGGGGAACGUAUGUGCUCAUGCUCAAACCAGCUACCCCACAGGCACCUCUGGAGUGAAAGGUGCAGGGGUUGUGUCUCACCCCCAGCUGCUCCCUGUUGGUCAGAGCGGAGGGGUUGCAAAUGUGCUUGUUGGCCAGAAUUGUGGGAUGUCUGGGAUUUCGAUUGGCCAAAGUGGUGGUGGGGCUUCUAACGUUCCUGUGGCACAGACUUUCAUUCAUCCAGUCACUAUGGCAUCACAGGUCCCUUUAAGUGUGCCUCAACAAUAUUCUCAGACCCUUCCACCAGACGUCACACCCUCACAGAUUUUACACCCUCGGUCUGGUGAUGCCCCCACUUCUCACGGUUCCCUUUUGCAGUCACAGUCAUACAUCCCCUCAGUUACUCCCCAAGCCCCGAUGACUGUCCCCAUCCCUGCUGGCGAGUCUAUAGCACCAGGAGGCAACAUUAUGCCCCUUAUGCAGACCCAACCUAGUAUUGUUCCUGUACCCACUGACAUUUUGCCCCAGCAAACUUUUGUUCAGCCACAACAACAGCCAAUGUCAGAUUUGCCAGGAACGUUACAACUAAACAUCCAGCAACCAACACCACAACAGCAAGCAAAUAUAGUGCAGCACCAUCAGGCAGACCAGGUUCAGCCCACGACUGUUUUGUUACAGCCACAGCAUGUAGAACAGCCACAAGUGAUUUUACAAGAACAGCAGUCACAGUCCAGUGCAUGUCAGCAGUCAUAUAUUCAAUUGUCACAGCAGCAACAGCCAACAUUGUCCAAUCCGCCGCAAAGUGAGUUGCAACAGCAGGUGUACAUACAACAUCCAGCAGGGCAACCCCAGCAAGAAGUUGUAGUACGUCAGCAUCAGUCAUUACAGCAAGUUGCAGUACCACAGCAAGUAUAUUUGCAACAAAUGGUUGAAUCACAAGAGCAGAACUUGGCGAAGACCAUGGUACAGCAGCCACCAGUACUUCAAACAAUUCAGCAGCCACUACAGUUGGCAGAUGAGCAGCAAAAACUUCUGAUUAGGCAACAAAUGGAGCAGCAACAAAUGGCUGUCUUGCAAGCCAGUCAAGCAGAGCAACAACGUCAACAGCAAGUUUAUAUUCAACCUCCUCAGCAGCAAGUUGAGCAGCAUCAAUUUCUCCAGCAGCAGCAAACGCAAAGCAUGGCAGUGAUGCACCAGGCAGAGCAACAGCAGCAAGGGAUACAACAACAGAAAAUAGAUCAUCAGCAACAAACCAUUUUGCAACAACAGGUGGAACAACCAAGGCAGCAGGUUUUGUUUCAGCAGCAGCAGCUGGAGCAACAGCAAGCUGUAUUACAGCAGCAGCAACAACAUGAACAACAACAAAAGGCUCAUUUACAGCAACAACAGUUAGAACAGCAAGCCUUACUACAACAACAACAACUGCAACAAGCUUUUUUACAUCAACAGCAGUUAGAGCAGCAGCAGGAGUUGUUUAAACAGCAGCAACAGCAGCAAAUGCUUUUACAGCAGCAGCAGCAGCAAGCAGUUGUUCAACAACAAAAACAGUUGGAGCAAAAUGUACUUUUACAGCUGCAGCCACAGCAACACAUUGAACAGCAACAGGCUUUAUUAAACCAGCAGCAGAUUUUACAGCAACAGCCUCAACUACUGCAGGCAACAGAACAACAACUCCAGCAGCAAAUAUUUCAACAGGCUGAUUAUCAACAACAGAAUAUAGAGUCACAAAUGAAGCAGCAACUAUUGGUGCAACAGCACAACAUUGAAUUACAGCGACAACAGGCCUUACAAGCUGAGAAACAAGUUUUAUUGCAGCAGCAGCAACAACAUUUGGAACAGCAUAUAAUUCUGGCAGAUCAUAGUGUGCAACAGCAAACAACUAUGGCGAAAGCACAGCCUCCAGAAACUAUGCAACAAAUUAGUCAAAUACAACACUCUCAGCCUAUAAUAUCCCCACAGCCUUCUCUGGUAGAGACCAUGAUUCAAGCUGUACCACAAAUCGCACAAGUACCAAGUCAAGUUCCAGCUCAAAUUCUCGUGCAACAACAGAUACCACCUCAAGCGUCUGUGCAAAUGGAGGGCCAACCUUCAGCAAUUUGUGCUCAGAUUCCUCUGCAGACCCAAAGUCAUUCUGUGCCGCAGUCAGUAGGAGGACAUUUUCAAGCAAACCAGUUGCAAGUUCAACAACCAAUCCAACAGAUGACAUCUCCAACACGGACUCCACAACCUAUUCAAUCUACUGUCCCAUCUCAAACACAGAUGGCCUCGCAAGGGCAAAUCCUUUCAUCGCAAACUCAAAUGGUCCAAACUCAGGCUGCAGCUUCUCACCAGUGUCAAGUUCCAGUAGUUCCUCCAGUGCAGUCCCAAGUAUCGGCUCCCUCUACUCUUUUCCCCACACAAAAUACUCAAGUACCUGCUACUCCGCAAACCAUCCAAUCAGUUCAGCUAGACCUAAUACAAACCAUGAAACAACAACAGCUUCCUUUACCACAAUAUCAGCAAACAGUGCUGUCUCCAACCACUGUAGACACAAUGGCCACUUCUUCAACACAGUGCUAUUUUCAAUCACAAAUGCAAGCUCAGGCUCAGCCAAUCGUACCAGCUCUGCAACAACCAGUUAGUGUGGCAUCUAUGCAGACAGUCUUGCAGCCAACAGUGCAACCCUCUCAACAGUAUGGGCAGCAACCUCAAAUACAACCUGUGCAACAGCUUUUGCCAGCAAGUGCUGUACUACCCCAAGAUCCCAAUCAGCAUCCUCAAACUGUUCUCCAGCAUAUACUUCCUAUAAAUGUUACACCUAGUCAGGUACCCCAAACCCAAGCCGGGACAGUACCUUAUUACAGUCAAGUGGUAUCAGGUCCACCCUCCCAAAACCAAACACCUGUUCAAACUUACACACAGGCUAGCAUGCAACCACAGUCACAUCCUGUCCAGACACAGGUUCUCUCCAACACAGAGAAUUUUGAGCAAAACCCCAUUCGCGAGCGGUUUUUAAACCUUCACAGAUCUCCCAAAGUCCAUUUCAUACUUCCCUACAACCCUCUACUACUCUCCCAACUGUCCCAGUUUCAGAAAAUCCUGUCCCUGCAGAGGCCACAGCUAACACAGGCAAGACCAGUUGACUUGAUCCCUGCUUCCCCUCCUACUUCCAAUGCUUCACAGUCCCAUUACUCUAAUGGCUCUGUGUUGCCCACCACCUCCCUGGCAGACAGUGAUGCUGCAUUGCUGGGCAUUGCUCAGGAGAGCACAAAUCAAUCUGGCAACAGAACCAUCACUUCAUCUGGCUCUGCUCCUGCCAAUGGAGAUGAUGUGGUGUUGGCUAGUGGGAAAUCAGAAAAGGUAAAAUCUCAGAGGAGAUUGUCAUGUCAGAAGACUGAAAAAAGUCAUUUUCAACUCAGCAUGUUGCAGGUGUCGAACACGGGAGACAACAUGGUGGAGUGUCAGCUGGAGACCCAUAGCAACAAGAUGGUCACGUUCAAGUUUGACAUUGAGGGAGAUGCUCCUGAGGACAUUGCAGAUUAUAUGGUGGAGGAGGAUUUUGUUCUUGAGGCUGAGAAAGAGAGAUUUGUUGAGGAUCUGAGAGCUAUAGUGGAGAAGGCACAAGAAAUUCUAAGUACUCAAUCACAGACUGGGUCAGUUGAGCAGCUUCAGGUGAGCACUCCAUCCAGUACAACAGUGGAUUCGGCCCCUCAGUCUUCUCCAGUGGGUCGGUGGCGAUUCUUUAUAAACCAAACAAUUCGCCACCGUGACUCACACCCCAGCCAGGGAGCGUCCAGUCCCCCACCUGCAGGGGAGAGCAGAGUUCCCAAAUCCAAAGAAACUGAGAAAGAUCAUGAGAGCCCUCAGCGCUCCGAGUCUUUUGCCGGAAUAGCCUCUUCCCCAACUUCCUCUAUAUCUCCAUCUCCUCCCGUAUCUACUGCAUCUGCUCCAGCAUCAAUGUUGGCUUCAGCCAUUGCCACCCAAAAAGACACAGCACCCCCAACCUUGCCGAUAGUAGAGCAAGUCUCCUCCGCUAACUUGACUGCAGGCUCAGUCCCUGCCACAUCCUCUGGCCUUUCUGCCUCUUCAUUUCCUUCAGUGGUGGCCCCCACAUGCCCCAGUUUGACUUCAGACCAAGGAGAUAUGGCAGCAAAAGGGCAGAGCAUAUCUGAGGCUGAACAAGCUCUCUCUAAUGUGCCUGUUUAUGGGACUCCUCCAGCAUCAUUGGUGAACCACACUGAUCCAUUGCAGCCAUUGAUAGCUCAAACCCAAAUAGCAACCUCACAAAAGCCUGAGACACUUAAACAAACCAUGGCACCUCACCAACUCAAAGACACCCAGGCAAUACAAACAGCAAUGGGCACCACUGAACAGAUGCAGACUCAGCCACAGCAGAAUAUGCCUCAGCUAAUAGUGCAGUCAAAAACACUUUCAAUGCCAGUGGAGACGCUAAUGCAGCCUUUGCAAGGAGGUCCUCCAACACAGUCUGUGCUGCAACAGGUCCCACAACAACAAGUACCAGCUGAAUCUCAACAACCGUCAGUGCAACAGACCAGUACUGAGCAGAUCCAACAGCACACAGUAAUACCACAAAAGGCAGUCUCUUCAGAACAAUAUGUGUCUCAAGAAACAAUGCUGACCAUGCACCCACAGCAUGGUUUCCAGAAUCAAGAUCCCCAGCAGCUUCAGCCUGUGAUCCCACAGCAACUCCCCACCGAGCAAACACAUGUCACGCAUAUACCACAUGAUAUGAUACAUUCUCAAUCUAUGGUGCAAACAGUAGUGCCUCCAGCUGUGCAGAACCAAACAUCUUUGCAGCACUCAGAAUUGGAGCUGUCCAUGGGGGAAGCCGUUGUUGAGGACACCAUCAGUCACCCUGCCCAACCCUCAACAGACGCCUCUCUUCCACCGCUCCCUCUUUCUGAGACAGCUCUGCCCGGGCUUACCCACACAUUUACCCCAUCUCCAGCACAGCCCUCAUCAGUGGCCGAGUCAGACAGUGAAGGCCCCCCUAAAAUUGAGUUUGUGGACAACCGUAUAAAGACUUUGGAUGAGAAGCUAAGGACUUUGCUGUAUCAGGAGCACAGUGGCAGUGGAGCAACACUGGGAGCUGGCUCCACCGCCGGCACCGCCCCUGCUCCUAACGCCACCUCUUCAUCUGCUGCACCCUCCACUGUAGUGGGAGGUGACGAAUCACUCCCCCCUAAUGCAUUCUCCCCUCCUCUUGACGCCUCCUCUGACACCUCUCCACACUCCACCUCCUCCACUACCCCUCGCUCUUCCUCCACGUCUCCAGAUGGAGAAAAAGAGAGAGCAGGUGAGGAGGAGAUGCUCCCAUCUGCUCCAACCUCUUCUGCUGCUGUGCAACAUCAACCUGCCUCAUCCUUCUCCUCUACAUCUCCUCCCUGCUCUCUCGUCUCACCCCUACAGGAGCCUGGAUCACCACCGCCCAGUGAACCCUCAGUAAGCGCUGCCUCUUCGCUCUCUAAAAGUUGCACCCAUGGAGAUCUUCUGGUUCCUUCUUCCUCCGAGCAGCCUGCCCCCUUGUGGCCUGGACAGGAACACAAUGACGGAGGUGGAUAUUUUGGCCUAAACCUGACAUGUCCUAGUAUCAGAAAUCCUGUUAGCAAGAAAUCCUGGACUCACAAAUUCAAAAGCUGGGCGUGCAAACUGCGCCACUCCGCCAGCUUGUUCAAGAAGCCCAGAGUCCAGCAAGGGGUAAGAACAGAGGAGUGUAGAAAGGGAAGACUCUCUAGGAUGAUGGAUGACCAUUGUACGCCACACCUGGAUCUGAACCUCAAGGCUUACAAGGAUGGUAACUCUAGCUGUCAGGGGAUGAAGGAAGAAACAAAGGCAUCUACAGAUGUCCAGCCCGUCUCACGCACAGGACGUUUCCAGGUAAUUCCAGUGUCUCAGCCCACGGAGCCACUACACCAAGAUGUACCAACCCAAGGAGUCACUCAAAGAAAGGUUGGACGCUUCUCAAUCACCCAGGCUGAACAGAGAGAGGAACAUUUGACAGACAGCUCCCCCGUGUCACCUGACCUGGAGCGAGAGAGGAGGAAACUGAAAGUGAGGGACGGUGAUAAAGAUGAGAGGAGAACCACAACAUCCAGCCACCCAUCCAGGAGUCACACUCACUCGCGCUUGGGCAGCAGUGAUGAUGAGAGCGAGGUGGAGGAUGAAGAUUUGAGGAAAGAGCUUCAUAAACUGAGAGAGAAACACAUCAAAGAGGUGGUGUCCUUGCAAGCACAGCAGAACAAAGAACUGCAGGAAUUGUACAGACAGCUUCGCUCCCUUAAAGACCACCGACAACCCCUAACCCUCCCACGGACCUCCCCUCUCCCCCAUACACCCCUCGCCAUAUCUCCACGCAGACCCCGUCCCGCCAAAUCCAAGCUCCGGCCCCGACCACACUCUCACAUGGACAACAACGGAGUCACACAUCGAGGAAGUCUUCAGCAAUCUAGCAGUUAUUCAGGUGGAGAACAAAGCAGACUUCACUCGUACUGCAACCCAGAAGCGACAGCUUCACUGACCGCUAACAGAGACCAAAAUCCUACAGUCCAGGGUUCUGCCACUAGAACAAGCACAUUCACAGAUGAUCUACACAAACUUGUAGAUGAGUGGUCAAAAGAAACAGUUUUCCCUGUUCAGCCCAAGCCUUCGCUAAAUCAAAUCAAACAGAUCCAGCAAGUGCAGGAGUUAGGCGGAUGGGGCCAACCUGCUGAGACAUCUGCAUCUGAUUGGUUUUCUGCAGCGCCUUUGAACCUUCCGAGUGCUCCUGUCACCUUGUCUACAAUAGCCUCUACUCCCUACAUUGGAGGACAAACACAGCUGCCACCGAUGCAAUUUCCCAUCACUUCUUUACCCCAGCAGAAUGCACAUCUGCAGUCGGCCCUGCACCAUCAUCCCGUGCAGUACGGCCAGCCUCACUUGCACCUACAGCAGGUCCAGCUGCAGCCCUCCGCGUUGCCUCCACAUAGCAUCUCCCCCUCUAUCAUGACCACAGCGGGGCCUCUGCUGCCCCCUGCCACCAGCAUCACAGCUGCCUCGACCUCCACCGCUGUCAAUCAAGACACAGUCGCCACGGCAACCAUCUGCUCAUGCUCCUCGUCCACAUGCACCUCCAUUUCUUGCUGCACCUCUUCUUUGCCUUCCAGUGCCAAACUUCAGCCUAAACCCACCACCUCUACCCUUCCCUUAGGACAGCAGUGAGUUCGGGGCAAACAUGCGACGAUGGAGAGACUGGCAUGAGAGAACUGAAUGAUUCAUUAAAAGUUGGAGGACUUUACAUUUGA